ACAAAAAGUGGACGCAAAUUCAGAAGUGUAAUUUAAUACUUGAACUUCAAGGCAAGGGAGAGCGGAGGGAGGAAAAAAGACGCAGACGGCAUGGAUGCGGGGAGAGUCUCGAGAUCAGUGGUCUUUUUUAUCUGCGACUACAAAAAUCGGCUGAUUCCGCGAAGCAAGUUUAUUGCGCUGACCCCGUUCAUGCAAAUCGGCUGGCCGAUAGACACCGGGGCGGAGGCGAAAGGUCCAUCUCCUCUACCGCCCGAGCUUAACAGAAACAUGCGUGUGCCGUCGACGCUCGGCGAAACAGCCUGGGCUGGCCAGACGGGCCGAGGGACCGGAAGUGGCUGGCAGCAAGGCGGCCAAAAUCGCGAAAUGAGUAGUCACAGCAUGAUCCAGAGAUCCUCGGGGGACAGCGAUCUGAGCCCAAUCGGCUGGAGAAGGACACCCCCACCUCCUGACACGCUCUUGGCGCCAAGAAACAGCUGUUUUUUUGUCUGGUGCAGCCGUGCUAGCGCAGCUCUGGCGAGGAAAUUGGAAGGGUUGUCUCUUGUAACGCGCAGUCCGGCAUGCGGAACUAGAGCCCCCCUCUGGCGAAUCGCAGCAAGACGUCUUCGGGUUGUACAGGUGGAAAUGCAAGCGGGUAUGACACAAUUUUAUUUGGCCCAGCCGUUCCGGGCUUGUUCCUGAGUGUCCGCUAAUGGGCAUCAGUUGCCAUUGCUGCUGCCGCUGCUGCUGCCGCUAUAAAUACCGUUGGGCGCUGAUUGCAAGUGCUUUUCGCUUAGAAAGGAUCACCUCUUAGCCCGUCCUGCCAGUCUGCCUCCUGCACCUAUUUGUUUUGCUUUUCUUGAUAUUGUCAUUGCCUCUCUCUUCCUGGCGAAAACACACAGACAUAUUGCAAACCAGCGCCCUUUUGUAUUUUCGCACAAAGCAAGCUUGUAAAAGUCUGCGCCUGCUGUUUUCUCCUUUCCCUCCCCUCUCCCCUUCUUUCCUUUAUAGACUACGUAUAUACG